GUUCACUGAAAGCCCAGAAGUUCGUCGUUCUUCCAAGCAGUCGAAUUCACUACACCCACACAGACACACACCCACCUCAGACCCCCACUCGCCUAGCCUAACAGUCACCACUUCCACGCGUCGUGCAAGCAGGCAGGCAGGCAGGCAGGCAGGAUGCAGCGCAUGAUCCAUCCAUCCGCCAGUCAGUCGAAAAAAGAGUGACUGACUGACGAAUCCUGCGCACACACACAUACACGAACAACCCGCCACACCCGCCGCGAGCCCCCUUCUGUCUGUCUACUCGUUGUCCUUGCUGCUCUACUCCUCCGCGCCACCGGCCACAUCAGCCGCAGGGGGCGAGACCGGCGAUGCGCUCAUGCUGCUCCAGCCAUCCAUACGACACAAACAAACCGACACAAAUGAGGCAAGGAGAAAGGGGCGGCGUACUUACCUGCCAGCCGCGGCUGGUGCCGCUGGUGGUGGGUUGGACGCCGCGUCCUCUUCGUCAUCAUCUAACUUGACGUUGUCAUACUGCAGCCAUGGACAGGCAGACAGACAGACAGACAAAAACAAAGGCGUGGGUUGGGCAGGGAAAUGCCGCCGGGUGGGGUGGGGGUGCGGGAGGAUUACGUUGUGCAGGGCCUUGCGCCACUCCCUCAGCUUGCCAUCAAACUCCCUGGACGGCCAGGCCAUACGCAGGCGGCGCGGCAAAACACAUGUUUGCUUUGCAGAUGUCUGUCCCAGUGUUGGUCAUCUUCUCCUCCUCCUCCUCCUCACCUCUUGCUCUCCGCCCUCUUGGGGUCGGGCGUCAUCGGGUCGACAGCAGUGCGGUGCUCACUGAAGGAUUUAAAAGGGAAGGAAGGCAACAGACAGGCGAAAGAUGCGAUGCGAUGUGUCCGUCCCGUCCGUCCUUUGGUGUGUGUGGGUGCUGGGGGAAAAGGGCACACCGCUUGACUAGCUUGCGAUAGUUCUGGUAGCCUUGCGUGCCCUUGCCUGACCGACAGACAGAUAGACAGGCCGGCAGAUACUCAAGUGGAUGUGGUUUUCCCCACCGCCCCCAUCGACACACACACCGAUGUUGAUUUGUUUCUGUCUGGAUGUAAUGCGCUUCUGUAUCUCCUUCAACUCCUCUUCAGUCUUCGGACGCUCCUCUGAAACACACACAGGUACACAUAUCAAUCAGGCAGCGCCAUCGCCCUUUUAAUGCCCACCCAUCAUGCGUACCUUCCUUCCCAUCCCCCUCUCCCUGCCCCUGCUGUCCCCCUUCCUGCCCCCCGCCCUGGCCAGGCGACGCGAUUCCGUUUCCCUGGCCCAUCGGCGCGGACGGAGGCGAGCGCGACUCCACCCCACCCACCCCACCGCCCAUCUGCAUGGGGGGCGAGUAGGCCCGCACCUGCAUGGGCAUGGGCAUGGGUAGCGGCGAGUGCAGCCCCGGCCCGCCAUAGCCCCCACCGCCAACCAUCAUCACUGGCUGCAUGGGCUGCACCACCUGCGGUGGCAGCGGCCGCCACCCCAUCUCCGCCGGCAUGAUCGGCCGAAUGGGCAUUUGCACGUGGGUGUGCGUGUGUGGCCCGUUACGGUGGGGUGGCAGUGAGAGCGGGGGAGGGGGUUUCUCGUGCUCAUCCAGCGAUUGCGGUAAGAAGUCGGCCAGCGAUGGGGUGGUGGGCGCCUUGUGCGGCCGGGGGCCACCCCGCCCACCGCCUCGACCACGACCACCACCACCACCACCAGGAGCGAACUGACCAGGGUCUGAUGGAAAGAGAGAGAGCAAAGAGGCGAUAUGCGUGUGUGUUGUGUUGCGUCGUGUCUUGUGUGUCGGUGCGUCUUGUUGCGAUUGGUACUUUUGUGGUACUGGUCGAGAAUGGCCUGCGUCUUGGGGUCGCGAUGAUGGGGCUGGUGGAAGAAACGCGACUGGCCAACCUGCCACACACACAUCCAAGGAAAGAUGACACAAAAAACAUACAUACAUAACAAAUACAUAUCAAUCACGUCAUCAAGUGGCAUGUGCCUCCUGACUGUUCUCAUCUCAUCUCAUCUCAUACACUCACUCACAUGGUGUUUGGUUCGCUUGGUCUGCGGCUUGACGUCCUCACUGAACUGCGACGCACUAUCACUAGCCCUGAUGAAGGAAGGAAUCGAUACCAACACACACAAACACACACAUACACACACGCAGGCCAACAAUGCUUCCACACCGCAGGUGAACGUUUCGGGGCACACACGUGCAACACAGUUUAUCACGCAGUUCACACACGUUCCUUUCUUCCUCUCUCUCUUCCGCUUACUCCCUCUUGGCGUGAUCGUCCCCCUUGCCCUUGUCCUGCUGCUCCAAAAUCGACCGCAGCGGCUUCGAAUGGCCGUCGCCCCUCCCCCUCCCGCCAUCUCCUCCCUCCAACCCCUCCCCCCGUGCGUCCAUCCGCACGUCCUGCCCCUCAUCAGGCAGCCCAAACCCCUCCAACUCAUCCUCCCGCCGACCCACAUGCUUCCGCGCCUUCUGGGAGGCCUUCUUGAACAUCGGGCGCCCGUGGUGCUGCUGCUGCUGGUGCGCAUGGCCGUGACCGUGGCCGUGAGUGGGCUUGUGGGGCCCAGCUGCUGAUGGCCCUGGCCCUGGUCCUGGUCCGGCGAGGGUGGGGAAGUGAUCCUCGUAUGUGCCUGGCAUGUGCUCUACGUCCUGCUCAUCGUCUUGCUGCUGCGCCGGGGCGGACGGUACUGCUGCUGCUGCUGCUGCUGGAUGGGAGCUCUCCUGGCCCUCUGCAUCCAUUGGGGCAGCAGAAGGCUGAGCGGACAAAUGAGAGAGGGGGCCGUUAACAGACAGGUCUUCAUGGAUGUCGUGAUUGCAAUCGUUUGCUGUGUGGGUGGGUACCUCUUCCUCCUUUUUCUCCAUCUGCGCAUUUGCAUCUGCAUCGACGGCAGAUGGUUCCGAACCCACUGCUGCCGAUGCCGCUCCUGCCGCUGAACCUGCAGCUCCAGCGGGCACCUCAUCGAGCAGGUGUGAGAAGUCUGUGGGACCCUUGGGCCGCGGCACGGCGUGCUCGCCAUCGCCACCGCCAUCCUUCCGAUACCCCUGGGAAGAGGUGAUCUUAUUCUGCAACCUGAGCCACAAACAAGGAAGGAUACAGAACGCAGUAUGUGAAUGGAUGAGUUCGGCAGCCGGAAGCGGUGCAGGUGGUGGUUAUUACUUGAACGCGAGGUUGACGCCUUCCUUGCUGUGCUCCAGCUCCUUCAGGCCGGCAGCGUAGCCCAUCCCGCUGCUCUCGUCCACAGGCAGGGGCUGAACACAAAACAACACACAAGGAAACAAAAGCCACCAUCCACACCAUGGCACGUCCAGUGCCGUGUGCAGUGCAUCCGUCCCUUCAUCCCUCCCUCCCUUCAUCCCUCCCUCCAUCUGACGUACCUUUGGGAUGCUCCAGCUGUCGUUACUGUCCUCCACCAUGUCGGCCCAUGCCCGCCCGCGGAACUGGGGCUGACGCGCCAUUGCUAUGGACGAUGCUAUCCAAUACAACUAACAAUCACAUCGCCAACAGCGCUCUCUGGCGCGAAAGGAAGGCUACAAAACAAACACGCGAG